UUUGGAGCUGGGGAUAUCCUUUGUUUUUCUCUUCAGAGUGUGCUUGAAUGAGAAUACGGACUCACUUUUGUUUGAAUCGGGGGUGUCCCUCCCUCCACGCUGCAUGUGACAAAAACACUGACCGGCCCCCUUCAAUUCCUAUGGAUCGAACUACAGAACCUCCACUUCAAGACAUCUGUUCCUUUCUAACAGAGCGCGCCCCCGUUUCCAGAGCUGUGACUGAACGACUGACUCUCGUGGUCCCCGGACUGGUGAUUUCCACAUUUGCCCGUGAAAUCAACCAAAGAUGAAGAUCGACGUUGACUCAAACUCACCCUGCCCCUCUUUUCGCAGUUUGUAGACUGAAGGGAAUUGGAACGAGGAUUUUGCCUCCUCUCCAUCACUCUCGUCCGAGCAGAGAUUCGCCACCGAGCGUCAAAAGUCUGGUGCCAUUGAGUAGCCGAUUUCUUUUUGUCUGCCCUCUUAGCCGGGGGUUUCGCAUCCUCUGCGUCUGUCUUGGAUGGGAAAGGACAACGAAGGGCGAGUGAAAAGAUCGGGGUUCUGAUGUUUGAAUAUUCUGCACUUCUGGACAUUUAAUUGAUCGUAUUCAGUCAUCGUUGAGAGACUACUGUGAUUAUGGAGUCGGUAGAAAAGGAGUGCGGAGCGUUGGGUGGAUUAUUCCAAGCUAUCGUCAACGACAUGAAGAGUUCAUAUCCAGUGUGGGAAGACUUCAGUGCCAAGGCUACUAAACUGCACUCCCAACUCAGGACCACAGUUCUGGCAACAGUGGCAUUUCUAGAUGCCUUUCAGAAGGUGGCAGACAUGGCGACCAACUCAAGAGGAGGCACCAGGGACAUAGGUUCAGCUCUGACCAGGAUGUGCAUGAGACACCGCAGCAUCGAGACUAAACUACGCCACUUCACCAAUGCUCUUAUGGAAGGCCUAGUCACUCCUCUCCAGGACAGGAUAGAGGAAUGGAAGAAGACAGCUAACCUGCUGGACAAAGACCAUGCCAAAGAAUACAAGCGGUCUCGCCAGGAGAUCAAGAGGAAGUCCUCAGACACCAUGAAGCUCCAGAAGAAGGCCAGGAAAGAGCUUCUAGGCCGGGGUAACCUGCGUCCCCAGCUGGACAGUGCCAUGCAGGACGUCAGUGACCUCUACCUUCUGAUGGGGGAGACCGAGAAGCAGGCGGUGCGCCGGGCCCUCCUAGAGGAGAGGGGGCGCUACUGCUUCUUCAUCAACCUGCUGAAGCCUGUGGUGAAUGGAGAGAUAGCCAUGCUGGGAGAGAUCACUCACCUGCAGGCCAUUGUUGAUGACCUCACUGUGCUCACUGAAGACCCACACAAACUGCCCCCGGCUAGUGAGCAGGUGAUCGGGGACCUGAAGGGUUCAGACUACAGUUGGUCCUACCAGACCCCUCCCUCCUCUCCCAGCAGUGCUGCCUCCAGGAAGAGCAGUAUGUGCAGUAUCCUCCAGAUGCCAACUGUCGGUGCCCAUCGUCUCAGUAGUGUCUCCUCCCAUGAUUCAGGGUUCAUUUCUCAGGAUGCCAACACCCACUCCAAGCCCCCCUCGCCCAUGCCCUCUGACAUCACCAGCCAGAAGUCCACCAGCUCAGCCUCCUCUGAGGCAUCAGAAACCUGCCAAUCUGUCAGUGAAUGCAACUCUCCCACCGCGUUUGGCUCGGGCUCAUCCUUCGGUACCUUCCGCCCCGCUCUCUCACACACUGGCUCCAUCAGGCCUCUCUCUGUCAUACUUCCUGGGUCCCCCACAUUUAACCGCUCUCCUGGAUCCAAACCCCCCUCACCCAUCUCAAAGGUUCCUAGCUGGAAGGAUUGGUCUAAAACCAGUACCUAUGAGCCCUCACUGGCUACCACUCUGCAGCAAAGGAGAGAGUCAUUGGACAGGAUGAGGGAGCAGGAGGUUCCUUCCAGUCCUAAAGGGUUCUCUGGGAUGCACCCAGACACUCAUAGGUCCAGGAUGGCCCAAGCUACUAUAGCAGCCAAGCACGGCGGUGAGGCCAUGUCCCCAGCAGCCAGUACACUAGCCAUGGUGCUGACCCGUGGUCUCAGUAUAGAGCAGCAGAAGAAUAGCAGGGAAUCUCUGCAGUACUCCAGUGGCUACAGCACCCAGACCAACACACCCUGCUGCUCAGAGGACACCAUCCCCUCACAGGGAUCUGACUAUGAGUGCUACUCUCUGAACGGGGACGCUGAUACCAGCAGGGAGGCUGACUUCGACAAGUCCUCCACCAUCCCCCGCCACAGCAACAUCGCCCAGAACUACCGCCGCAUGAUCCAGACCAAGAGGCCAGCCAGCACCGCCGGGUUACCCGCCGGAGUGAGCCCUCCUGGUGGUAUGCAUGGAGUGAUUUAUGGGGGUGAUGGGAGGCACGGAGCCAUCACCUCUGGAACAGCCACCAUCCGCCGGACCCCCUCCUCCAAAACGGGGGUGAGACGCACACCAUCCACCUCAGGCCCCAUCGCCAUCCGUCCCCCCAUCGUUCCAGUCAAGACCCCCACGGUGCCAGAUUCUCCUGUCUACUCCCCCUGUUACUCCCCCAGCUACUCUCCCAGCCUUAUCCAGAGCAUGGGCAGCGAAGAGUACCUGUAUGGGGACGAGACUCCAUCCAGCGCCUUGGAGUACAUGAAAGCCUCCCCCAAGCGGCUGAGCCUACCUGACACCACCGCCUGGAGCUCCGGAGGGGGGCUGGACCAAAGUGUCUAUGCCCAGCAGCCCCCUGGCAUGACAGGCCUCAGCCUAGAGGAGGACCCCCAGCUGGCAGCCAACCGCCACAGCCUGGUGGAGAAGAUCGGAGAGCUCGCGGCCAGCGCCCACGCCCUGGGCGAGGGUCAGUUCCCCUUCUCCUCUCUGGACCCUCUGCCAGCGGACCCAAUGGGUACCACCUCUGGAACCCAACACCCACAACAACCACCACACAGGCCCCAGGAGGGCGUGGACAUGCUGGUGUCCAUACGGAGAGGUGUGAGGCUCCGCAAGGCAGUCUCCAACGACAGAUCAGCCCCCAGGAUACUGCAGGAUACUGCAGCAGCAUCCAGGAUACUGCGGUAGUAUCUACUGGGACUGACCACAGAACUGUGGUGCCACUGCAAGCUCUAGUAGUGAAAUGAAUGAACACUCAUCUUCGACAGGAAAAGACUGCAUGAAAUGAAAGGGAAAACGAGUGUCAAUGUGUAAAGAUUCAAUGAAUGGCCAUGGGUGGCCAAUGGACAAAUGUGGCUGUGGUUGUCUAUUCCCUCUGUCUCCUAAUGAAUCAGCCCAGGCACCUUUCCUUUAGACUCAGUGAUCAGGGCCUGUAUUCACAAAGUGUCUCAGAGUAGGUGUGCUGAUUCGUGUAUAAUGAAUCUAUAAUACAAUUAUAUGGACAAUGGUGCUGAGUGAUUAGUGCUUUUUGAGGUCUGUUUGGUUUCGGUUCGAUUAUAUAUACAGUACAACUACUCAUUCAAGGGUUUUUCUUUAUUUUUUACAAUUUUCUACAUUGUAGUAUAAUAGUAAAGAC